CGCGUUCUGUCGUCGCGACCGUCUGCGUCCAAGCGCAGGGUGCGAUUAUGAGGCACGAAGAUUCGCUUCUCUGUCUACUCUCCCUUAGGGAAACUAGGUGCUAUUAUUGUUGCUUUCCAGUCGCUUUGUCUCGAGUAUUCAUCGGAAUUUCGUCCUAGCAUGGGCCAACUUCUGCACAUACUAUGCGACCGCCGAGAUGGAGACUUACUAACUCCGGAAGCGGCAUAUUGGGUGAGAUAUAUGGGCGGCGACAGCUAAUGAUAUCUUUAACCAACUCGGUUAGGCUGUGGUAUAGCUUAUUCAAAGUCUGAGCAUUUCAACACAGCUUAGUAAGUGCAGCCUCUACAUGCAGCCCUGACCACAUCUUGCGGUAUCUCGUCAGUCAUCUGCAACUAUCACCCUAACUUAGUUAUCCUCAAUGCCACCCCCGCCCAAGCAUGACGUUCGCGCGAAAUACAAUCCUAUCAACUAUGCAUCCACUCCUUCUCCAACAACUUCUAGGCGUCAACGACAUCCUCGUGCCGCCCUGAGUCUCGCUAGACGAGGUAUGACCGCGGAGGAUAUACCCUAUCCACCUCCACCCUAUACACCUACUGUAGCUCUCCACGCUGCGACUCUUGCGCCUGGGGAAAAGGAUCCCUCUAUUGUGUCAUGGCCUGCUGAACAUGCUGCUACGAAUUCUCAUACUGGCCCUCUCGUGGGUGCAAUUCUUGCCGUCACUGUCAUUGUCAUAACCGCCGCCGCCGUCCUGGUUGUUCUUGUCAAGAGUAAACGGCUCAGACUGCCGUGCUUUACUUCUCGUACUUCCCGGCUCAGAGCGAUGCAUCUCUCCUCACGAAGGGCUAGAGGGACCAAAAUGGCCAAGAGAUCCACUUCAGUCGAGGAAAAGGCACCUUUGGAGGACAAGAUUAACCUCUAUGCUCGUGUAUCUCAGGUGCCCGAUUACUUCGACGAGGACAAUGCGAAGCCUCUUUCAGAGAACGCGCCUACUCGGCACCCAAUUGCACGCCGCUCCCACGAAAUGUUUGUGAACAGCUCUGCGGAUGAGAAACAACUUCGUCGAUACUCCUCUCCAGCAGUCCACGACAAAAAGGCUAGCACUCUUGCUCCAGGACCUCAUAUAGCUCGGCCUUUUUCGCUCCCACCAUUCGAUGGCGAAAUACCGUCUCCUCUUUUGGAACAGAGGAUUGCUGAACUGGCUCAGAUACGGCGGAUGAUAAUCACUCAAGAGGACCUUCCAGUGCCGGAGCCACCGCAGCCAAGGCCACCUAUUGCACAACGGGCUUCUACGAUCAGUGGUCUAGGCAUCAUUCAUGAAGAGCUGGAAGUUGACAUUGGGAGUACGCCAUUGUCGAACUUUGACUACAUCUCGUUCUCCACGGAUCAUGUGCCACCUCAGCGCCUGCUGUCCUACAUUCAGCAGCCCCAAGAGGAAGCACGCCUCCCUACCCCUCGUUCCAGCGUAUCUGGGUCAAGACCAAUGUCGAGCAUUCACUCCGAACCUAUGUCACUGGACUCGCUCGACAGUGGAAGCUCAAUGGCUGAAACGGACGUAGUGGAAGAAGACGUCGGUGAGGUCCGCAUGGCGCAUACACACAGUGUCGAAAUCAAGAAGGGUGUCCUCGUAUCUCUCAACAGUACUAUUUCCCAAUUCGUCGUCUCCUCGAAACGGAAUUCCUCAAGUUCGUAUGCCACAAUUGAACGGAACUCGGUUCAACAACGAGGACAAAGCCACAAAGAAAAUCAACCGAAAAUCCAGACCCGGCCAAGCGAGGACACGUUUAGGAGGACGAUCACAGACUUCCCCUCUCCGCCUCCAAUGCUCAGUCCCAUUACAGCUUCAUCCUUUACUUUCUUGGCAGAGAUCGAGAAGGGCUUAGGAGGGGGUGUUUUUGAUUAUCGUAACAGUUCGGUGCCUCAAAGGUCUACCAAGGAGAACCAGCUCCUUGCUCUGGCGGAGGCUUUGAAGCAUUGACGGGAUUGUCAGGAUCCAUAUUUUCUGUCCAAUCACUCUUAUAAUCUUACAGGCGGCAGUGCCCUACCUGUACCACAUGAGGUGCACCAUGUGCUUAAGUAUAUUGCUCAUUUAAUGCCGAUCGAAAGCACAGAUUAAUGUCUAAUUGAAACUGCGGUUACUCAAGGACCUAUUAUAAUAAACACUAGCACGCGCCUUAGUACUUAGAGACAGGCCAGUAUAUCGAUUUCGAGCACUUGACGCUAGUAGACCAGCAUGUGCGCUUAUAAAUAUAGCUUCGGUUAGUGCCUGGAUGACGAG